UUUGAGUACAAUACUCAUUGAAUAACCAAGUACUUUCCGUGUAUUAAUGAUUAUUAAUGACAACAAAACCUUUUGUUCUUGACCCUUUUUUUAUGGCUAAAUUUACAGCCCUACGUAUGGAGGAGUCGACAUUUUUCACAAAUUUUCCAGGUUGACGCACUUAUUGGUUACCCACUAGACCGGCAAACACAGACCAAAUUGGACUAAUUAGUAGGCCCAACAAGAUAGCUUCUUGGGCCCAAAGUCCAAUUCCCCUGGGCCAUUGGAGAUGAAGACAACUACAGAGCCCAAGACCAAUUUUCUAGGAUUCAAAACCCAACCCCCAACUGCCUGACCUUGGUUCCAUAGCCCACAGUUUUUCUUAAGGUGCCAGAUCAGAUGAUCCAUUUCACCUAGCACAAGUUCCAGAUCAGUACCCAAGUUGCUACGAAGACUUUCACGCGUGGACGAAUCCAAACGCGCCUUUUUGCAAAGCGACGUAAAAUAAUUUUAAAAAAUAUAUCUAGAAAAAGAUGAUCGGACCGUGUAGAUGUCACUCACAUAGUACAUACCUGGACCAGUGGCGCCAGAUUUCAUCUUGUCCGUCCGUUCCCCUGAUCAUGCGUAAUAUCAAUGGUGUUGGACCCAAACAUACGAGUCAAACGACCACAAGGAAGUCUCCUGGCACCCGGCAAAUCUAAAUACUGUUGGCGAAAAGCCGCUGGGACGGUGUCUUUUUGUUCACGUCAUCACCAAAACCGUGUGCUCGCCACCCCCCGAAUUUGAACCAGGGCCGUCGAUUCAGCCUCACCACCUCUUUACAUAAACAUCCGAAGCCACAUCUCCGAAUUCCGAAACGAAGAACCGCAGCGACCGAAAUAUUCGAAAUGUGUAAAUCAGCCGAUAUUCACGGAUUCCACCGAGAUGAGCGUGAUCGCUUGAAAAUCAGAGGCUUCUAUCUUCGAUUAUCGGUUUCGGACUGGAACAAAUCCGUUCCCGACUCGCUCACUCUCGUCUACCUCCCUCGUAUCAACGGAAGCCCUCUCGAGGUCGCCGAUUCGAAGAUCCGGCCGGAUUCCGCCUCGUUUGUGACUCUCCACCGGAUCGUCUCCGCCGAUGCAGUUUUCGCGAGCAGAGAACGAGUGAGAACCAGCGAAGGCGUCCGAUUCGAGGUAUACAUGAAUGAGGAGAAGGUUCUAAAAGGAAUCUUCAGGAAAGACGAGAAGGAUGAAUGGAAAAUGGAGUGCAGAUGCGCUCUCGAGAACGGCUCCGCCAGAGUUUCUGUGUCGGAGGUGGAGGUGUGCGUGGCGGUAGAGGGCCACGUGGCUAUGAGCGAGAUGGUGGAGAUGGCGGUGAAGAGGAAGGCGAAGGCGAGAGCCAUUCAGCCGUUGGAGGAAAUUCCAGAGGAGAGAGAAGUGGAGACUGAAUCGGACGGCUGCAAUUGCUUUUGUGAAGAGGAUGAAGAAAAGGAUUACGAAUCAGACGGUGGAGAUUGCGAAGUGAAUAGCAAAGAAAUGGAAAUGGAUAUCGAAGGAUUUGGAUGGGCCGUGGAUUUGGGAAUUUGGGUGAUGUGUUUAGGAGCUGGCUACUUGCUUUCCAGGGCUUCUUCUAAAAGCCUACGACGAAGAAGAAUAUUGUGAUGUUUUUUUUUCUUUCUAAGCACUAACACUAAAGUUUUGAUGCUUAAUCUUUUGUUACGAGUAUUACCACUCGAAAUCAAUUUUCCCCCUUCAUUAUA